AACAUGGCGUCCCGCUUGGAAGUACAGCUGUUUGCUCUCCUCUAUAUCUUGUUGAUGUGUCUGUCUGUGGAUGUCGUGGGGCAACAUGAUUGCGACAAGGUGUUCUCCAGCUACCACAGCAAGGAGAAGAAUGGGACGUUCGAAUCUCCCGGCCACCCAAGUCACUACCCGAACGGCGUCAGCUGCAAGUACAAGUUUAUCGGACAGAGCAACGAGAGAGUGGAGAUCCAGUUCACCUCGUUCGCACUUCAAGGGAGACCACCCAG